AUUCCAUGUAAGCAGUAGAUAUAAGAGAGGGAUGCCUUUACACAUUUUUAUGCCCAAUUGAACAUCAUCUAGCUGAUGUUGUUAUGGACUGUUAGCUUAAGGGCCGGAGCAAAUGCAAAUAUCCGAAACAUUGCCCAUACCAGGUAGCAUGGUGUGGAUCUAGUUCUAGAAUUUCUAGCAGACAUACUAAUGUGCUCUUUAGCCAAGAUAACGCGUGCGCUUUGGAUUUGCAUUGCGUGGAAGAAAGUUUGGAGUGGUUUUUCCACUUCCUAUCCCAGUUGUUUAGCACACCCAUGAAUGCGUGACGUGCGCAGAGAGACUGUGGCCGCAUUGCACACCGCAAUUAAGAAUGGGAAUGCGCGUGAUGCACUGGAUGCACUUUCUUCUCCACGCUCUCCAAAACCGGUGACAUUUUGUUACGCUUCCUUGCCCAUGGUUGCACAUGGUUGCAGCAGUUCUGCCUAGUGCACGCAGUGGCAGAGGCUACAGUUGCAACCGGAAAGUCGUCCAGACUCGAUCAGCGCCGAAUCUCUUCCCUGCAUUCCCAAUGGUGGUCGCCUGUAGUGUGGCGAUGAAUCUACUGCUACUAGUGGCGAUGGUGCUUGUCCGCGUAUCGCGUGCCGAAUGGGUCGAGAUUCCGCAUCUGAAACCGUCUUCCUCUGUAGUGUCAGUGUCGUCCAUUACCACCACAAUCAACCCGGUCACCACACCGAUCACCACCGCUGGGCACGCCGUUGUGACUCAUUCGCAGCGUCUACUAUCACACUUGGCGGACGAACGCGAAGCAGGAGGUGUCCGUUGGUCUCACCAGCACAGUGCCCCGGUUCGAUGGCACCGUCCUGUAAGCGAUCUGCUCGAUUACGAUCCUCCGACCAAACGUGUAUCACACACGUCGCCAUGGAUUACGGGCGUUUCGGACGUUCGCAACACGCCCAUAGCACUGGUGAACAUAUCAAACAAGGUAGAGGAGCUAGAGACGGACGAAAGCGAGGAAAGCGACGAACAGGAUGCGGACGAACAGUAUCCGGUGGUGCAUACAGAGCUACUUCCGUUCGCCAAUCGGUACGAGGAGGAAUCGAUCGAAACGGGAACAGCAUCCUCGGAUGGUUCCAAAGCUAUGCAACUUCCGGUGCAGCAUUUCGACGAUUUCGAUGACUACGAUGAGCGGUUGUCCGUACAGCAGAUGCCACAAACAUACGCUCCGGACAGUGAGGAGGUAGAGUACAGCGGUGGGGAACGCGAAACGGAUGAGGAGACAGCGGAGGAAUCAGAAUCGAUGGAAGAACAGUUCAAACAGCAAACGCAACCCCUCGAAAUGGCCCAUCUGCGCCCACAACAACCAACUGGGUUUGGUGGAUUUCUGGAGUUUCUGCGCCGAAUGCAGACCAGCUUCGUACGACGCACGGCGCACACCAUCGGUGACAAGAUCCGUACACUUGCUGGAAUGCGCGACCAGCUGCUCAGCACCAUCGAACGACGCAUUGCCUCCCUUUGGGUAGGAAACAAGGCGACGCCGGUGGGAGGACGACGAGUGAAGCGCGGCUGGAUGGAAUCGCAGGGUGAUACAGAUGCGAUGGAUUUCCCGUCUGCCGAGGGCGCACUGCUCACCAUCUCCUUUCUAACGUUCGCUGUGUUUCUGAUCAAGCUAGUGCUGCAGGUGAUUAACACGAUCAAGGCGAAACACUACACGUACAGCACGUUCGCGGCGGCCACACCCGUAUCGGGAGGUUUGCUGGUUAAACGGACGCGACGCUAUCUUGAACCACGUGACAUUCAAGCGAUUCUAGGCACUAUCGAUGGUUAUCGGCCGGUUUAGUUGUGGUGGCGCGAUCCGCCAACAAUCCCAGCUACAAGAAACACACGAGAACGUCUUGUUUGGAUGCUUUUCCGUUUUCACCACUGUAUAGAGCUCCUACUCAAGCAAUUAAUUGCAGUUCGGACCAACUACCUUCGAAGCAAUUCGCUUUUCUAUGUACGUUCAUUUCAGCCGGCAGGCACUAAGGUAGCUAUGCUAGUCUGGUCGGGGUUUUUCUUGUAUCAAAUUUCAAAUUUAAAAGCAUUUUUUGUGCUAGAUAAUGUACACUGAAAUCAAAGACAUAAGGUUCACGAUUGGCAUUUGGAAUUAAUUUAUUUCUUUUCUGCUGUAUUUCGUUGUUCAUACACAUUUUGAUGUUUUAAGAAUGUUACACAAUACAUACUUUAGUCGUUUUAUUCAAUUUUAAUCAGUUUUCUAACUAAGGACUAACAUUUUUUUAUAUUCAGAAAAACAAACAGCAAAAAACUCAUUUCUCUCUUCUA